ACAGCUGUGCGGUGUGUGCCGGUAGUAGCGUCGAAACAGCUGUUCCUAGUGAAAUGUGAAUUUUUGUUUUGUUGAAUUUGGAGGAUUGUUUAUAGUUUUACUAAUUAAGUUUAAAAUAUGGAAGACCCGAGACUAAUGGUUGAAGAGGAACCAACCAGAAGAGAGCUGAAAGUAUUCGGACGUGAUGUUUCACAAAUACCCUGCUUUCGUAAUAGUUAUCUAUACGGGAUUGGUGGUGGUGUGGCGGUAGGCAUUGCUACCUUCCUAGGCACUUCGCGCACACGGCUGUCGACACAUGUAGGUUUUGGCACAUUUUUCACCAGUACACUUGGCUAUUGGCUGGUUUGCAGGUAUCAAUGGUCUAAAAAACGUUUUGAGUAUCAACAGUUAAAAGAAGCAAUGCGUAAACAGGGUCUAUACGAGGGCACGGACCUAGAACGACAGUUACUGGAAGAGGCAUAAUUUGAUUUUCUCACUUACCCAACAAAAUAGAUAAUUGUAGCUAACUAAGAACGAAUAUAUACAUAGAUAAUAUUUAAGAAAAUUGUUACUUAGCAUUUGUAAUUGUGUUUACAAAAAAAAAAAGCUAAUGUAGCCAAGUUAUUUUUUGCUCCUUAUGU